CGGUUUUUGACAUUGAAACCAAUCAACCAGUUAAAAAUGGCUGUCAAGAGACUCAAGAUUGCCGUGCUGGACGACUACCAAAGGGCGUCUGAGCCAUACUUGGCAAAGUUCAAGGAUGACCAUGAGAUUGUCUACUUCCCCGACACCCUGCCGCCAUAUAACGGCGCAGACACCCCGCAGUCAGUUAAAGACGCUUUGGUAAAGAGACUUGAGCCAUUCAACGUCAUCAGUACUGUGAGAGAGCGGACGCCAUUUCCCGCCGAAUUGGUGAAUCAGCUGCCCAAUCUACAGCUCCUCCUAACUCAGGGACGACGAAACCUAUCGUUGGAUCUGGAUGCCUUCAAAUCGCGGGGCAUUCCCAUCGCCACAGCGAUCCACAAUCAUGCUACUGUGGAAAAUGCGGUUGAGAGCACGGUUGAGCACAUUGUGACCAUGAUCUUGGCCCUCGCACGCAACAUCGCAGAAGACGAUGCGGGCGUCAAAGCGGGCAUCUGGCAAAGCGGCCUUUGCACGUCUCUGUCCGGGAAAACCCUAGGCAUAAUCGGACUGGGUCGUCUGGGUGGUGCCGCAGCGAGGAUCUUCCACCUUGGCUUUGGCAUGAAGAUCAUCGCUUGGAGCCAAAAUCUAACUCAGGAAAAAGCUGAUGAGCAGGCCGCUCACUUCAGGCUGCCAGCGACAACUGCUGAUGGAGAAAAGACUUUCAAAGCUGUCAGCCGAGAGGAGCUCUUCAAGACCGCUGAUGUGGUCAGCGUGCACGUUGUGCUCUCGGACCGCACCCGAGGCUUUAUUACAUCCAAAGAUUUGGAUCUGAUGAAGCCGUCAUCCUUCUUCGUCAAUACGUCAAGAGGCCCGCUCGUUGCCGAACAGGACCUACUCAACACUGUCAAGGCUGGUAAGAUUCGAGGCGCCGGGCUCGAUGUGUUCUGGAAGGAGCCUCUUCCCCCUGAUAGCGAGUGGAGGAAUCCGAAUUGGGGUAAGAAUGGCACCAGCCAUGUGCUACUCACGCCUCACACGGGCUAUGUUGAGGAGGAGGCUAUCACAGGGUUCUAUGAGCAGGCCGCCAAUGACUUGGAGGCGUGGAUUGCUGGGAAGGAUUUGAGUGCCCGGCUUGCCUAGUAAACAGGGCGCAUGCGAUGAUCAACAAUCGCCUUUUAGCCAUGUUUGGCUCGCGCGGUUAUAGUAAUGGAGUUUGAGGGCAGUGCUGUCAUAAAAAAUGUGAGAAAUUAAACUAGGGAAUGUAGGCAUUGGAAGCAUUAUAGAAUAACAGUGGCCAAUAUCUGGCAUAUCAAUACGUUGGCCCAUAGCAGUUUUCAUAUAAUAUCUAAAUAUUAUGAGUUAGAUAGCAGGGCAUCUUUACGUCCAGUAAUCACAGAAAC